CAACCCUAUAAAUACCUCCAUUUAUACAUCAUUUUACUUCAUAGCCUGAUUUACAGAAACCAAACCAAAUUAAAGCAAUGGCCAGCAUGUCUGCCCAACUUAUAUUUUCCCUCACCUUAGCCUUCCUCGUCUCUGGAGCUCACUUGGCAACUGUAUCCAUUACAAACAAUUGUCCAUACACUGUUUGGCCAGGAACUCUCGCCAACGCUGAGCAUCCUCAAUUAGCAGAAACCGGGUUCGAGUUACCCUCCCGAGGAACAAAGACCCUCAACAUUCCUACUGGAUGGGCGGGUCGUUUUUGGGCCCGAACACAAUGCUCCGGCAACUUCAAGUGUGUCACUGCAGACUGCGGCUCAGGCCAAGUUGCAUGCAAUGGUAAAGGUGCAGUCCCACCUGCAUCCCUGGUCGAAAUAAAGUUCCAAACAGAAGACGGACAAGAUUACUACAAUCUUAGUCUCGUUGAUGGAUUUAACCUUCCUAUUGCUGUCGCCCCACAAAAUGGCAGUGGUCCUAAAUGUAUUAAACUCACAUGCUCAGCCGACGUGAACGCGAAGUGCCCAGCAGAGCUACAAGUGAAAGGACCCAACGGAAGUGUGAUUGCUUGCAAGAGUGCAUGUGAACAAUUUAAAGACCCAAAGUAUUGUUGCACUGAAGCUUUUAAAGAUAACUGCCCACCAACGAACUACGCUACAAUUUUCAAGAACCAAUGCCCUCAAGCUUAUAGUUACCCCAAAGAUGAUGCUAGUAGCGUGUUUGCAUGCAAGGGGGCUAACUACGCUAUUACUUUCUGCCCAUAAGGGAUACGGUAGUUGAAACUCUUUGAUAUACUAUAUUAGAUAUAUAGGACUAAAUAAAACUCAGUCCGUAUAGCUUAUGGACGAUGCGGAUAAUUUUCUUCCGAGAAUUUGUUAUAUGUAAUAACAAAUGAAGAAAUAAAUCAUUCUCAUUAUACUUUUCUUUA